AUGAACGGCGCACAAUCCCAAGAUGCACAGAAGGCUGUGAAUGCCAACAGCAACGGAUCAAACAGCAACAAUAGCAGCCUGGCGGCUAAGAAGCGCAAGAAGGAUCUGAAGCCUAUCAUCACCAUGGAAGAUACAAGCCAGACGGAUGGAUUUUGGUGCGCACUGGUUCUCGACUUGCUUAUGUCUCGCGAGUGGCGAAGACGAUGGCGGUUCCAACAAAGCAAACAUGAUCCUAUUCAGGUGUUCAAGAAACACCCAGCAAAACGUGGCGUGGCAUCUUGUAUCACCUCACAGAGAACAGCAGUGAAGCAAGUUGAAACAAGUGUGGAUAUUGUUCACGGCGGCAUUGUUCCCUCUGCUGCUCUGAGUCUUUGGAGGACUGUGGGCUUGGGCCUUGAUAGGACGACACGACCCCAUAAAUUUUGGGCACUCGCCAACCUUGAAUCCAUCGAUCGAUCACUGGGUCCUCCGUACCUGAUCUCAGCCUGCCCUGCCUGCCCUGAUAGAGGUGCACUUGGUCAUUCGCCUACUGCAUCUUUCGAGGUGCCUGGGAUUGCCCUUGGCUAA